UGCAGCAAACUGUAUGCGCAAAUUGUUAUGAAGCGCCACUUCGCGGAGGUACUUAGAGUUUGUGGUCGAUAGAAAAUAAAGACUUGCAGGCAGGGGUUGAUCGUAGAAGAUUCGUAUCGAAACAGACGUAAAAAUGGAUUUCAAUGUUAAGAAAUUGGUAAAAGAUGCUGGUGCAGCGCUCAGUAGGGUCGUGCAGUUGACAGAAGAAACGUUAGGAACAUCAGAAAAAACAGAAUUAGAUGCACACUUAGAGUAUCUUUCUGAAAGGGCAAAUGCAACCAAAACAUGGACUGAAAAAAUUCUUAGAAAUAUGGAGUCUGUGCUUACUCCAAAUCCAGGCAACAGAAUUGAAGAUUUCUUCUAUGAGAAAAUCGACAAAAAGAAGCCUAACAGGUUGACCAAUUUAGAAUACGUGGGCAUGGAUAUGAUAGAAGCUGGAAAUGAUUUUGGUCCAGGAAUUGCUUAUGGUAGCGCGUUAAUAAAAGUCGGUCAAUGCGAGCAGAAAUUAGGACAAAUUGAAAGAGACUUUAUCAGCACUGCAGCUAAUUGUUAUAUACAACCCUUAAGAAAAUUUUUGGAAGGUGAAAUGAAAACUGUUAGCAAGGAAAUGGCGAUACUAGCAAAUAAACGAUUGGAUCUGGACGCAUGUAAGAAUAGAGUAAGAAAAGCGAGAAGCAUGCUGGGCCAGCAAAGUGAGUCUGGUGUAUCACCUGAAGUGUUACUUGAUCAGGCAGAGAGGGAGUUGAGGGUAGCACAGUCAGAAUUCGACCGUCAAGCAGAGAUUGUAAAACUCUUACUGGAAGGAGUUUCGAGUUCUCAGGCUGGACACCUGCGUUGCUUGCACGAAUUUGUUGAAGCACAAGCGCGUCAUUACGCUCAGUGUCACGCAACGAUGCAAGACUUGCAACGUGAACUAGCUGGCUUAUCUGGGGGUCCUUCUCACCCCACUACCCCACCAACUUCCAAUGUAUCAGCGGAAAAUGGCCAAGAACGCGCAAGGGUACUGUACGAUUACGAUGCGAGGGAUUCUAGCGAAUUAAGCGUCGUGCAAGACGAGGUAAUCACUGUCCUUGAAAUACCCGACGAUGAAGACUACGUUAUGGGUAUAAGAGGAAAUCAACGAGGAAAAGUGCCGAAAGCAUAUUUAGAAAUGUUGAUUUGUCAAUGAAAAUUUAAUUAACAUUACCGCACAUUCCAUUGCAUUUUAAUGUUUCAUUAUGUCUUCGAAUUUAAAUGAAACUGCCUUAUGCAUUAUAGAUAUAUUGAAUUAGUAUUUCAUUUUGUGCAUAGACUAUAUAGCUUUUCUUCGAAGUAUAUGCGAAUAAUACAAACUAUUGUAAAAAAAAACAAUCUUCGUUGCAUAUCAAAUAAAUGGUCAAUUCUGCGAGUGUAACAAAUAUACAUAAACAAUUUACGAAAUGUUUCUGUAAUUAUACGCUAAUCGUUGUUAAAAAAAAUGUAAUUAUAUUCGUUGUAUGUUGAAAUCUUCUCUACAAUAAAUAGAGUUAAUAGGUCGUUAA